ACCAGGGAGAGGACCAGCGUGACACGCGGAGAGAGGGCGGACAUUGUGCGUCGUGAGGAUAAUCUGCGAAUGGAAGGACGCUUCGAGGACACCCGAGAUCUGACUACGGUCACGCGAGGCGAGCGAGCUGAGAUCGUCCGACGUGAGGACAACCUGAGGACCGAGGGGCGGUUUGAGGACACGAGAGAGUACACCGCCGUGACACGGGGUGAACGCGCGGAAAUUGUUCGCAGGGAGGACAAUCUGCGAAUGGAGGGCCAAUUCGAAGGCCGCCCCCGGGAGGGUGCUCCAAGGGGUGAGAAGGUGAAGCCCGUCAAACAUCACGAUAACCUCAAGCCAGAAGGCGACUUCACGGGUAAACCCAAAGAUGAUGUGCCGAGAGGGGAGAGGGCGCCAGUGGUGAAACACCCGGACCACCUCAAGAUGGAAGGAGAUUUCAUUGAUGGCAGGGACCGGCACUCGCCCGGCAAGGGGCAGCGCGCCCCCAUCGUGAAGCACCCAGAUCACCUGAAGAUGGAGGGUGACUUCUACGAUCGUCCCGAUGGGGAGGCACCGAAGGGAGUGCGUGCGCCUGUCGUUAAACACCCGGAUCAUCUGAAGAUGGAGGGCGACUUCACAGACGGCAGAGAUCGGCACUCGCCCGGCAGGGGACAGCGUGCUCCAAUCGUUAAGCAUCCAGAUCACUUGAAGAUGGAGGGCGACUUCUAUGACCGCCCGGACAAGAAAGCGCCGACGGGUGUACGUGCACCUGUUGUUAAACACCCGGAUCACCUGAAGAUGGAAGGCGAAUUCACUGACGGUCGCGAUCGGCAUUCUCCCGGCCGGGGACAGCGUGCCCCUAUUGUACAGCACCCGGAUCACUUGAAGAUGGAGGGCGACUUCUACGAUCGUCCCGACAAGAAAGCGCCGAAAGGUGUGCGAGCGCCUGUCGUCAAGCAUCCGGAUCAUCUGAAGAUGGAGGGCGAGUUCACAGACGGCAGGGAUCGUCACUCGCCCGGCAGGGGACAGCGUGCUCCGAUCGUACAGCACCCGGACCAUCUCAAGAUGGAGGGAGACUUCUCUGAUCGUCCGGACAAGGAAGCUCCGAAGGGUGUGCGAGCACCAGUCGUCAAACAUCCGGACCAUCUGAAGAUGGAGGGCGAGUUCACAGACGGCAGGGAUCGGCACUCCCCCGGCAGGGGACAGCGUGCUCCGAUCGUACAGCACCCGGACCAUCUCAAGGUAGAGGGAAAGUUUACUGACACUCGUGAUCGUACGACAGUGACGCACGGGGAAAGGGCCGACAUUGUUCGUAGAGAGGACAAUCUUCGCAUGGAGGGUCGGUUUGAGGACACCAGGGAACAGACCGUUGUAGCUCGUGGCGAACGAGCCGAAAUCGUGCGCAGAGAAGACAAUCUCCGCACAGACGGCAAGUUCGAGGACACUCGCCAACACUCUGCGGUUACACGGGGAGAGCGAGCAGACAUCGUUCGUCGGGAGGACAAUCUCCGCAUGGAGGGCAAGUUCGAGGACACCCGUCAACGCUCUACGGUUACGCAUGGCGAGCGAGCCGACAUCGUUCGCCGGGAGGACAAUCUCCGCAUGGAGGGCAAGUUCGAAGACACUCGCCAACACUCUGCGGUUACACGGGGAGAGCGAGCAGACAUCGUUCGUCGGGAGGACAAUCUCCGCAUGGAGGGCAAGUUCGAGGACACCCGUCAACACUCUACGGUUACACAUGGAGAGCGAGCCGACAUCGUUCGCCGGGAGGACAAUCUCCGCACGGAGGGCAGAUUUGAGGACACCCGUCAACUCUCAACAAUUACACGCGGGGAGCGAGCCGACAUCGUUCGCCGAGAAGAUACACUCCGCAUGGAGGGCAAGUUCGAGGGCCGGCCGCGCGGAGAGGCGCCGGCUGGCGAGCGGGCGCCGCGCGUGCAGCACCCAGACAACCUGAAGCCGGGCGGGGAGUUCACGGGUAAGCCACGAGAGGCGGCGCCGCGCGGCGAGCGUGCGCCUGUGGUGCGCCAUCCGGACCACCUGCGCAUGGAAGGCAAGUUCGAGAGCGGCCGCGAGAUGGUGACGGUGAUGCGGGGCGAGCGGGCGGAGAUCGUACGGCGCAGCGACAACCUGCGCAUGGAGGGCGACUUCAGCGGCCGGCCGCAGCAGCAGGCGCCCGUCGGAGACCGCUUCCCCGUGAAGAAGCACUCGGACAACCUCCGGAUGGACGGCAAGUUCACCGACGGGCGGCAGCAGACGACCGUCGGUCAGGGCGAGCGGGCCUCCAUAGUGAGACGCGAGGACAACCUGCGGCUGGAGGGCAAGUUCGAAGAUUCCCGGCGGCAGACGACCGUGAUGUCAGGCGAGCGAGCCGAGAUCGUACGGCGCUCCGACAACCUGACGGUUGGCGGCGGCGACUUCAGCGCGCCGCGCGCGCCGGCCGCGCCAGCCGCCGGCGAGCGCGCGCCAGUCGUCCGGCCCCAAGACAACCUGCGCUCCGAGGGACAGUUCUCCGACACGCGCCAGCGGACGGUCGUGAGCCGCGGAGAGCGCGCCGAGGUGCGCCGCCACCAGGACACGCUCAAGAUGGAGGGCGAGUUUGUGGGCCGCACUGAGCAGCGGCACUCCCAGCACACGGUGCAGCAGCGCGAGGUUCGCGCGGCCGGCUCCCCCGGAGCCGUUCCCACCAGCCAGAACGACUUCAUGCCGUUUUAA